AUGCAGUGUAACUGUAACUCUUCGAUAGGAUCCCUCUCGUCCCCGUAUUGGAGCAGAACAGUGCUGUUCCCUGAUUGGGCAUACAAGCCGGCGUGGUCCCCAGGCUCCAGGCAGGUGCAGCUGUGGCACUUCCUGCUUGAGCUCCUGGGGAGGGGUGAGGGCGGGGCCAUCGGAUGGGGCGGGGAGUGGGGCGAGUUCGUCAUCCGUGACCCGGAGAAACUGGCCCGACUGUGGGGGGAAAGGAAGGGCAAACCUCACAUGAACUAUGACAAACUGAGCAGGGCACUGAGAUACUACUACAAUAAAAGGAUCCUCCAUAAGACCAAAGGAAAGAGAUUCACCUACAAGUUCAACUUCAGCAAACUUAUUCUGGUUAACUACCCAGGAUACCCGCCUUGCCACCAGCUGGUCCAGAGAGACCCUCUCCCGUUCCCCCUGUUUCCCUCGAAGGGUGGGGUCCCUCUAUGUGGAGGGGGAGGGGCUGCGAUGGACAGAGCUAUCCAGCCAGUUCCCCACCCUCUCCUGCUGCCAUACUGCCUCCCAAAACCAAUCCCAUUUCCACAGUCACAUCCUCUACCAGGACACUUCCCUUUCCUAUCAGUCCCGCCUCCUCCUGGUACUAACAUAAGGGAGAUAUCAGGUCAUCCUCCAUCCACUGCUGCCCUUCAUGUCAAUCAAAAUAGCUGGCCAAUCAAGAGUGGAAUAGAGUGGAGCUUGAACAAUGUAAACAGAAGUUUGUUUGUUGGAGGGAAGGAGAAAGGCGCUGGAAGUAAAGGAAUGCAGAGGAAAGAGGGAAAUAUUGUAGAAUAAGUGACUCAUGAGAACUGAACAUUAGAAUGUCAUAUGCCUCUGGUAAUAGCUACAGUAUUGGAAGUAGUUUGUGGUGUGGUUCUACAUGGAACAUAGUAUAUUUUAAUUGUCUGAGUAGUUGUACUAAAGAGGCUUAAAUAUUGCAUUGUUUGGUCACUACAAGCUUGAUUGUUUUGUGUAUGCACUUCAAAUAAUGAAGAAAAAGCGCCUGAUUGAUAUUAGUUCUAUUCAUACAAUAUCAAUUUA